AAGUUGAUGCCGCGGAAAUCUUUUCCUAUACUGGGAUGAAAUUUGUCAAUUUCGCUCUGGAACCGUGCACAACGUGGAGUAGUUCUGAAGGAUUCAUAUAUACUGCUAGGCGAAUUGCUCGUGGAAUCUGAACCUGCCAUGGGGGCUUGCUGUCCUUUUUCAGGAGCGGGCACACCGGGCAUGGGGAACUCGACGCUCACCGACAUGACGCUGCUGCCCGGCGUCGAGCCGGUCGUGGCUGGCCUGGCCGCGGGGUCCUCCUCCUCCCCGGGCCAGGAGGGCAAGGCCAGGAAGAAGCCCAUGAAGUCACUCUACCUCAAGUUCUUCGACACCGCGCCCGACGGCAAGUCACGCAUCUGCAGGAAGAGCUACUGCAUGACCACUGCCACGGCUCGGAUGCAAAUUAUUCAGACUGGUCAUCAGAGUUUGCCCCACUGCAAGAGCAGCAACGAGAACGAGCCUGCCUACCUCACCUUGAAUACACAGCAUGUGCCACUCAUGAAGCAGCCUCCUGCUCUCCCCUUGAUUCAAAUUCAACUUCCGGAGUUCAGGCUUUCAGCGUCAUGUAGUCUCAGGCAAGUUAGAGAUCAGGCAUUUUUGUAUAUAGGUUGUGGAUUGAUGUCCGGCCUAUCCCCUUCAAGAAAAGUGAUAUCCGGCCAUCUAUGUUCAUACUUGAAUUUUUAAGACAUUGUGAAUCCUCCAAGUGGUGAGAGCAAGGGUGCUGCUUUUGAACUCAAAUUCCUCUUUGGCUGCUCUUUGUGUUCAAAUUGAGGAUGUAAAUUUAUUUUUUGAUUGAGGUCAAUAUACAGGCCUGAUGAAAGCAAAUAAUGACCAUUCUUAGUUUAUGGUAUAUGUGAUAAACAGGCCUGGUGAAAGUGAAUA